AUGCGUCUGGGGCGCAUCCAGGGCUUCAAUCUCUCGGGGGCUCACGACCGAGCCGUCAAGGGCGGCCACUUGGACAUGUCCUUUGCCGUCCUCGAGCUCGUUAUCCAGGCGCCUGCAAUUGGCUACCCGUUUCGACUCGUCGAAUCAGGGAUCGAAGUCUCGGGCUUUCACCUGGGCGUGCAUGAGGAAACUGCGCCCGGAUGCAUGGUGGGCUUGCAAGGCACAAGCAAUGAGGAAUGGUCCUGCAACGUCCGCAGUGUUAUCAUGUGUGCCCAGUCCUGGAGGAGCAGCAUCACAGCGAACCCAAACGAAAAGAAGCCCACAUGGACUUUGUAUGCGAUGCUGGACACAGGGGAUGAGCAGCUGCAGAAGCCCGACUGGAGGGACCAGAACCUGGCGAGGGCCCAAGCUUCCCUUGCAAUGUGGACUUUGGCUUCUUUUGAAUUUCGGCAUGCUGAGAAUGCCUUUUGCAUGGCAGGGCUUUUUGCAAAGAACAUGACCAAGAAGAUGUGUGUCCUCGAGUUGAUUCUCCCGGCGGAAGAUAUCCCCAGGGCCAAGGAGGCCCAGCUGAUUGGUUGCGUCUGUUUCUCGUGCCCAUUCGCCAAUAGCCAUCAUGGGGAAGGGCAGCCGGGGCAGGUCUUCAACCUGAGCUUGGACUCCUUCUCCAAGGUCAACGCCCCUGUGGACUUUAUCAUCGCAAGACGUGCAGAUGAUGUUGCUGCUCCCACAGCCGACAUCGGGAAGAUUCUGAUGCGCAUGGCCGUGCAAGCGGGCACAUACAUCGGCAACAAUGCGUGGGAUGGCCUCUCUAAGCAGCAAAGCCUGGCGGACAUAGUGCAGCCACAAGCCCAAGCCAGGAUUGCCAAGAAGGCUUCGGAGCUUGAAGAUGAAGUGCUUCGUGCAGAAGAACGCCUGGCUGGGCUCAAGGACAAACUAGAGAUUAUGAAGUCUGCUGAGGAAAGCAAGCCAUUGCAGGGCCAGAAGCGCCCAAGGGUCGAGGUUGAGUGA